AUGUCCGUCUCCAUCGAAACCAACGACGUCUCCCCCGCCCCCGUCAGCCAGGUCGACCCCUGUCUCGGCUCCAAGUCCAGAAUGCCCGAGUUCAGUCUGGCGGGCAAGGUGGUCUGCGUCUCUGGCGGCGCGCGUGGUCUGGGCCUGACCCAGGCUGAAGCCCUCUUGGAAGCCGGUGCCAAAGUCUACGCGCUCGAUCGUCUGGAAGAACCCGCCCCCGAAUUCUACGAAAUCCAGAAGCGUGCCACAGAGGAACUGGGCACGGUGCUGCAAUACCGUCGCAUCGAUGUCCGUGACACGGAACUCCUUAACAGCACUAUCGAAUCCAUUGCCACGGCCGAAGGCCGCAUGGAUGGACUGGUCGCCGCCGCCGGUAUCCAGCAAGAAACCCCGGCCCUCGAGUACACGGCCAAGGAUGCAAACACUAUGUUCGAAGUCAACGUGACUGGAGUGUUUAUGACCGCCCAGGCGGUCGCCAAGCAAAUGAUUCGGUUUGGAAACGGCGGUAGCAUCGCACUAAUUGCUAGCAUGAGUGGCACCAUCGCCAAUCGGGGUCUCAUCUGUCCCGCCUACAACGCUAGCAAGGCCGCCGUGAUCCAGCUCGCCCGCAACCUUGCCGCAGAGUGGGGUCCGUACAACAUCCGGGUCAACACCAUCUCGCCUGGUUACAUUGUCACUGCCAUGGUCGAGAAGCUGUUCGAGCAGUUCCCCGAGCGCCGCGACGAAUGGCCCAAGCAUAACAUGCUGGGUCGUCUGUCCACGCCCAACGAGUACCGCGGCGCCGCCGUCUUCCUCCUCAGCGACGCCAGCAGCUUCAUGACGGGCAGCGAUCUCCGCAUUGACGGUGGCCACGCCGCCUGGUAG